AUGGAGCUUUCUCUCCAACUCAAUUCCCACAAAUUCCUGAAAGCACCAUUCCUUCCAAACCGGCUCAACUCCAUUGUCUCCUGCCGAGCCACCAUGACUAAUAAUAACACUAGCCGAAAGACCAAUUUGUACCACGUGCUCUCACUCUCAUCGGAAAGUGUCGGGCCCGAGGAGAUAAAGAAGGCCUACAGAAAGCUGGCCCGGCAGCACCACCCGGACGUCCGGCCCGCAUCCGGGAAAGAAGAGUCGACCCGCCGGUUCUUGGAGAUCCGGGAAGCUUACGACACGCUGUCCGACCCGGACUCCCGUCUGGUCUACGACUACCAGCUCAGCACGGCCAACUCCGUCGGGAGGCCGCGGCGGAGCGAGGGCUCAACGUCGUCGUCGAGGGCGGUGUGGCAAAUGCAGCUCCAUGGGCUGAAAGAGCGGUCUCGGGUCAGGAUGGAGAGGAAGAGUUAUAGUUCUUAA